AUGCAGGCAAUGGCCGCAGCAGCGCGCACGUACCGGCAUAUCGUCGCCCGGGAGCUCUCCACCAACUUCCGGGCAGUCGCAUCCAUCGUUGAAGCACCGUUCCCAACGGAGCUGCACCCCAAGGCUAUCCUCGUGAAGAACAAGUACCUUGGCAUCAACGCGAGCGACAUCAACUUCACGGCUGGCAUCUACCAGCCCGAUGUGUGGCCGCCCUUCGCUUGUGGCUUCGAGGCCGUCGGAGAGGUUGUCGACGUAGGCAGCGGCGUAAAAGACUUGAAAGCGGGCGCCGCCGUCGUGACUCAGAGCUACGGCGCCUUUGCAGAGUACCAGGUAGUAGCGCGACGGCACGCCAAGUCUAUACCACGUAUGGCGAGGGAAUACCUGCCGCUCGACCUGAGUGCGACGACGGCGUCCAUCGCGCUUGAGCACGUCCUCCAGCCGCAGCCUGGCGAGCGCGCCGUCGUGACGGCGGCGGCAGGCGGCACAGGGCAGUUUGCCGUUCAGCUGCUCAAGCACGUCUACGGCUGCUCAGUCGUCGGGACGUGCUCCUCGCCAUCGAAGGAGGUCUUUCUCACCGACACGCUCAAGUGCGACGGGGUGGUGAACUACAAGGCAGAGGGCCGCAACACGGCGGCGGCGCUCCUGCGCUGCUACCCACGCGGGAUCAACAUCGCCUACGAAUCCGUUGGCGGCGACCUCCUCAAUGCUGUGAUCCAGAGCCUCGCACCGCGCGGCCGCAUCGUCUCUCUAGGCUGCGUGUCGACCUACCAGCGCGGCUCCAUCGAAGCAGUCUGCCCGAGCCGCAAGCCGCUGCCGUUGCAGCUGCUUGCCAAGAGCGCCUCCCUCUCUACCUUCUUCCUCCCUCACUUUGCCAAGUACGGGCAGCUGCACUUUGACCGUCUCUGUGCGCUGCACGAGCAGGGGAUUGUGCAAGUCUGCAUCGACCCCGCGACGUUCAAAGGCCUAGAAGGUGUGUACGACGCCAUUGACUGGAUGUUCGAGCAGAAGAACUGUGGCAAGGUGAUGGUCGAGCUUUGA